GUUAAACGGGAAUAAACCCACAAAGGCUUUAAAACGCUCGAAGAAAUGCUAUGAUUGGUCUAUGCCGCUCUUCGAAUAAUUUGCAAUAUCAAAUGGAUCUUACCCACGAUUACCAACAUAUUUUUCAGAUUUUUUGUUAUUGGCUAGGUUAUGUAUGACAGGGAUAGUCAAAUGUUAAUGUGCUCACAGUAAAGAGACGAGAAUUGGUUGACAUCGUUUUGUUUUGCCAAAGCCAACGUCAAUAUAAGACAAUAUAUAAUGAGUAAUGAAGAAACAAAUGAAACAAUUGAGGAUGAUCUCAUCUUGGAGGACUUACAUAAAUUUCCGUUCAGUAAGAAGGAAGAACAGAUGAAGUUACUGAAGAUUCUCUUUAAAUAUGGAUAUCCUCUUGAAACCUUUCCUAAUAUGAUGUCUGCGGAGAAAUUUGAAGAAGACAUAAAAAUAACGCUCGAGAAACUGCAUAUUAUAUUUAAAGAAAUGCCUUCGUUGGUUCAUUGGCUACAGAGUAAGUUAUUUGAAAACACAGAGUCGGUGCCUAUGGCGUUACUAUUCAUCGAAUGGUACGAACAGCAUCCUCUUCAUAAAAAUAAUCAUGCUGAAUGUAACUACAGAGAAAUAUAUCACUUUCUUUAUAAGCUGACAAUGAACCAAGUUCCCGCACCCAUUUCACAGAAGUCUGCAGAAGUUCUGUACACAUUAAUUACAGAAGUAUUACAUGAGGCAUGGCUGGACAAACAACAGGAUCUUGUGAAAUACUGUAUUGAAAUUUUCAAAUACAGCAGAACACUCAACAGACGCGUGUAUCGAGGAAAAAGAAGAAUUUCCAAGGAACAAAACGUAUAAAACUGCUGAUAGAUCUAAUUACUUUAAUAUCGUUAUAUAUAAUCUCGUGUCCUUUUUUAC